AUGUUGAGAGUUGCGUUUGGUGCAAGUUUGAGAAGAUUUUUUGCCUCGGAUAGGUGAGUUACAAGUUUCGGUCAAAAACAAUGAAAUACUGCAGAAUUUGAAGGUCCAACAUGUUCCUUUGAACUAAAUCUAGAAAAUAAAAAAAUAUAUGAUAAAACCCAAUUUGUGUAAUUUUUUGAAGAUUUUUUACAGUUUUCCAAAAGAACUAUAUAAAGUUGAUCUUAUCACGAUUAGUUCUGUUCUUCUAGAUUUACAUUGAAUUUUUGUUUGUUAAUAUUUGAGUUUUGCAGUUUAAAAAAAUUUUAAAAAUUAUAGAUUAAAUUUUGUAUGCUCACUCUUUUCGGCCUUAAAAGUUGUUUUCAUUUUCAGAAAAGUAGUAUUGUGUGCAAACGGUUCAAUUGCUGCCUGGCAUCCAGCACACGAACAUCCAUACGAACAUACGAAACCAAUUGAAUCAGAAAAUAGCAAAGAAACAUUGGGAAGUAGUAGAUUAUCAGCAGCUGCAAAACAAUCAGCCAUUCCACGAGCGCCUGUCAACGCCGAAUUGAAGGAUAUUUUCUAUACAACCAAACACGAGUGGUAUACUAGGUGAGCAUUUUGGGGAGCAGAAAAGCUGGAAAUGAAACCUUGGAAAAUGAAGAAAUAAAUUACGUAGAGAAUUAGGGUUUCACGUUAUUUUAUCGAAUUUUUGAAAAUGUCUUACAACAUUUUUUUCGUGUUUUUUGAAAGUUCAUUUUUUUUCUUCAAAAAUUCUUGAUGAACUUAUUAUAAAAUAUAGUAAAUUCUAGUUGUCAAAUCCAAAAAUCAGACUUUUUGUGAUUUUAUUUUGAUAAUCUUCUCAAAAAUUGAAAAAAAAUGGCCCAAAAAUAUCUCCUGAUUUCGUCAACUCUCAAUAUUUCAGAUCUCGUGAAGAACGUCUCCGCCACGUUGCCGCCCCAACUCCUCGCCGUAAAUAA